UUCAUUUUCAUUCUUGUUCAUUCGUUUUCAUUCGCUUGGGUUUUCAUUCGUUUUCAUUCACGUCGUUUUCGUGGGUCUGUGAUGUUCAUUUCUGUGUGGGUCUGUGUUUUUUUGUGUGGGUUUUCAUUCUUCUUCUGCUUGAUGGCUUGAUGAUGAGAAUGUCAAUAUAAAAAUACAAAUUUGCAUGAGAUUUGGAAGUCUGUGUAGGUCUGUGUAGGUCACUUUAGCAUGAGAUUUAAUGAAAAGUAAAAAGAUAUAUGGUCAUUUCUGUUUAUGAUAUUUAUUUUGCUGCUAUUUUGAUUAUUUUUUACUUCAUAGAUGAUAUGUAAUGUUUUAAACCAAGCCAUGUUUUGCUGCUAUUUUGCUGCUAUUAUAUCAGAUUUUAUUGUUGAAGCUAAACUCCAAAUAGGCAAGAAAAUUCAAAUAACCAAGCCAUGUUUUAAUGUCAAAGUGUGAUUCAAAAUUCGUUAUGUUGCUGCACAUGAGGGUGUUAGGUAUAAGCAAGUAUAUAGAAGUCACUCAUGUUAACCUUGUGCUUAAUAUAUUCAAGGUAUAUAGAAGUCACUCAAGUUAUAGUGCUUAAUAUAUUCAAGGUUGGCUAAGGAGUGAAAAUAUGGAGUUAGAAUAGUGCUUAAUAUCUCUGCCAUAUAAUAUACUUACUCAAGGUGACCAAGUUUGAUGUAGUUAGAAUAGUAAGGGAAAAUAUGGAGAUGGUCAAGAGGGUUUUGGUAUGAGCCUAAGAUAGCUGAGUAGUGUCUCUCCAAAUACCCUUCAGCUUCACCACAUAGCCUUAUAAGAUGGGAUCUUUUUUCUUGCAAAUACCCUUCAGCUUCGGCUUCAAGAAAACAUACAACUUGGCCAUGGGCAGGGGUCAAUAUUUAUGGCCAAUUGUAUAAACAUACAACUUGUUUUGAUAUUAACUAAGUUGUAUAAACAUAUUUAUAAAAUUAUCAAUGCUUGUGCUGUGCAGGGGUUGCUGUGUUAGGCGGUGAUUGCUGCUCCUGCGUUAGGCGGUGAUUGCUGCUCCUGCGUGUUGCUUGUGCUGUGCAGGGGCUGGUGUUGCUCUUUUUUGGUGUUGUCAUCUUUGUUUGAAGUUAGAAGGUUCAAUCACGGUCUCAUCUACAGAUACGAUAUGGCUGAUUCAACCGACAACUCUGCUGAAACUAGUCAACGUAAUAAAAAAAGUGUUAGAGGUCCCACUAUGUUGAAAGCAAUUGAAAACGUUCGUAAAACGGGUAUAAAGAUCCCUCUCCAGUUUGAUCUAGAAACUGGAGAGUGUUAUGGUAACAAUGCCUCCCAUUUUAAGAGUUACGUAGCACUUCUUACUCGAGAAAGAUGCAGUAUUGCGAAAGAGUUGUGGAAACAUAUACCUGAAGGAGUAAAAAAUGCUAUGUGGACAGAUAUUAAGGCUAUUUUUGUUAUACCCGAGUUUGAUGAUGCAAAAAGGAAUGAUCAUUUUAAGAAAAUAUGGUUUCACUAUGCGGCGGAGCGGUGGAAAGAUUUUAAAUCACGGUUGACUAGAACUUAUAUCACAGACCCCAAACCAGAUGACGUUCCUCCAUACGUCAAGUAUCCUUACAUCAAAAAAGAUAUAUGGGAAGAGUUUGUGAAGUAUCGACAGACCUCUGAUUUUAAGGAAAAAAGUCAAAAGGGUAGGGAGAAUCAUGCAAAGAAUGUUUACCCACAUGUAUUAUCCCGUGGAGGGUAUAAGAGGCUCGAGGAGCAGAUGAUCAAUGAAAAGAGAUUGUCCUUAUCGAAAGAUAGUUCUGGCUUAACUGAUGAUGAUCGUCAUCCAUCUCCACCGGAACGCUAUGAGACAUGGACGAGAGCACGACAAAAGAAAGGGGGAGAAUUCACAUCCGAGCCUGUAAAAAAAGUUGCUGAGAAAAUUGAGAAAAUUGUUGAAGACUCAAAAAAGGGUGACUUUGUUCCAACGGGACGUCACGAUGUCCUAGCAGAAGCCAUUGGAACACCUGAGCAUGGUGGUAGUGUUCGUGGUGUUGGAAAAAAACAUAACAUUACCACUUACUGGGGAAGAUCAAAGGUUUCACGUCAAAGUCAAGGUAUAGAUGUCAAAGAGCAACUAGCAGCAUUUAAAGCAGAUUUGGAAGCUAAGUUUGAGGAAAAGUUGGCGCAAGAGCGUAAGAUGAUGCAAGAUUCUCUUAUGGAGACACUAAAGUCCAUGGGUUUAUCCCAAACCUCUGAUACAAAUAAUAGAGUCAUGGUACCUGAAGCGCAAACUGAACAACUUGUUGUCACCGGAAGCGCAAAAGGGAGUUGUUCUCCUGCACCGGUCAAGAUGCAAAAUGAACUCAAGGAGGUUGUUGUCACUGAAAGCGCAAAAGGAAGUCGUUCUCCUGCACCGGUAGCAGAGGCUCAAGAUAACAUGGACGAUGUUCAGAAAUUGUUAAUCAUGGUUCUGAAAAGGGGUGAUGAUCAUUUGGAUGUAGAAUUAAUUCAUUGUUCAAUGUGUACUAAUUUUCUCAUGUCUUGCAAGUGUAUAAGAGAGUUGUUGGUGGGUUCUAUUUGGCUCGACAUGAGUACUCUAAGUGUUUGGUGCUCGUACAUUCAUCGUUUAUGCAUUGAAAACAACACCACAAAUGUAUAUGGAAUUUUGGAACCAACUUUUCUGAACAUUGUUGGUGAUGCUGGGAAAAAAAGUGAUCAGAGAAUAUCUCAAAGUAAAUGCAAGAAAUACAUCCAGCAUAAGUUACAAAAUGAAAAGAAAGAGUGUCAAUUAUUACCAUUUAACCAUGCGUAA